AUGAACUUGGUUCGUGGGUGCUUUCACUACAAGGGCGGCGUUGGCUUUGCGUUUGAGGCGAAGCUUCUUACCGUCAUUAGCGCUAUUCAAAUUGCCGAUGCUCAUGGCUGGCACGAUCUUUGGAUUGAGGCUGAUUCCAGUUUUGUGGUUAAUUUGCUGCAGAAACGGGCGUCAGAUGUUCCGUGGCGUUUUACGGCGGUUUGGAAUUCUAUUCUCAAAUGCCUCCCGAGCUUCAGGCUUCAUGUGAUGCACAUAUACCGUGAAGGCAAUGCGGUUGAGGAUAUCAUGGCCAACCAACGUGUGGAGGGGUGGUGGCCUCAUGGAAUAGAGGAGAUUAAAAUUGCGGUGCGCAAGGAUAUGGCCACUCAUAGCUAUGUCUGUAUGGUUAAAUAA